ACGGAUUAUCGAAGUUGAACGAUCGAUUAUAAUUACGAUUUCUCGAACAAAGUCGAGUGUAUGUUGUCUUUAAGAUGGCGUCUAAACGAGGGCGCUCGCGUCGUUUGCAUCCAUGCGCUUUACCAAGCUGUGAUCAGUAGCGCAGGAGCAAGUAUCGGGAGAAGUUUGUGGGUGUUGAGAGUUUUUAGACCAUCUCGCCUCGUCGUUCAAAAGACGAGUGGCUAGUACGCCAGGGAAGAUAUUCACUGUUGUGCUUUCCGCGUAUACGUGCCCGAAAAAAUGUAAUAUGGCGAUGGUCGCGACGAACAUGAGCGGCCACAUACAAAAGCAGCUCACCAGAAGUCUCGAGCGAAUCCUGGAGGAAGCACACUUGAGUGGCGAGCUCAAGCUUAGCGGUCGAAAACUUAAGGACUUUCCGAAAGUCGGGAAAACUGGUUCCAGCAAGUACAAUCUUCAGGAUACGGUCAUUGCCGAUCUUUCGAAGAACCGUUUCGCCGAAUUACCGGAAGAAGUGACCGAGUUCCUGUUCCUCGAGAAGCUGCACCUCUACCACAAUGCGAUAAGAAUAAUACCGGAAACCGUGGCGAUGCUACAAUCCCUCAACUACCUCGAUCUUAGUCGCAAUCAAUUGACGUCUCUACCUCGGGAGAUAUGCAGGCUACCGCUUCAAACGUUACUGGUCGCUCACAAUCGACUGGCGUCUCUGCCGGACGAAUUGGGCAGGAUGUCGGCGUUGGCCGAGCUCGACGCAGGCUGCAACGAAAUCACGAACCUGCCACCUCGGAUGGGCGACCUCGCGCGACUUAGGUCCUUGGACUUGAGGAGCAACAUGAUCGUGCACCUGCCUAUAGAACUAACGUACCUGAGACUCGUGAAGCUGGAUAUCAGCGGCAACCGUAUAUCCGUGCUUCCGAACGAGAUGAGGAAAAUGAAGAGCCUGGUCGACUUUCGACUGUCCGACAAUCCUUUGACCUCGCCGCCUGCCUCGCUAUGCAUUCGCGGGCGAACGCACAUCUUCAAAUAUUUGGAGAGACAGGCGGCGAAGCACGAGAGAGCAAGGGGCGGCCGUACGAGGAGGACACCCCUGGAUGUCAGAGGCCACGCGACUCUGGACACAAGGACCCACAGGCGGCACAACGUCGACAGCGGAUACAGCACCAGCGACGGCGUCGACAAACGCUGGUCCCAAGAAAUUCACAGCGCGGUGCACGACGGCGAGGUCCGAGGGCUGUGGCGUCAAGAAUGCUCGCCACUUUCGAUCACGUUGCCACACGAAACGGGCGUGAACGGAUCCUGCAGCGGAACCUCGACUCCCAGUACCAUCUCGCCUGGCGAGCACACGUCGCUCGAGGAUGAGCUCGGCAAGGCUAUGAUACUGCACGACCAGUUGGAAAAGAGAAAACUAGAAAGAAGCACGUCGGAGAAUGGCGCCGAUGUCAGAAGACCGAUGACCUCUGGCCUCUACCACGCGUCGAUUACGCCGCCCGGUCCCCUCGAGUCCGCUCAUCUGAGCCAGACGACAACGCCAGUGUCAACGAACACGCAGUCCGUGCAACCGCUGCAAACAUCGACCGCGAACGCUACCUCUUUGAUGAACGGCGACGAGAAAAGGCCGCUCAAUCACAUUCAAACUUAUAGAGAGUAUAAAGAGGCGUUGAGACAACAAAGAGCCAACGAGGGACCCAGCGUGUACAGGCCACGUGAACAGGUGACACCGCCAGGCAACGAAUCGCAGAACAACGAGACAGACACUGCCAGCAACAAAGAUGCACUCGGUAUGACCGGUAAGCAGAUCUUCAACGAGGAGAACGCGACGAAGAGACCGGUGCAGAAAGUGACACCGUCGCGUAUCAACUAUCAGAACACGCCGAUUAUCAACGGUAGCAAUAACGAGUACAGCAAUAAGAACGGGAAAUACCUCGAACAGCCGUAUAAAAAGCCUAACUCGCCGAUCAAAACGUCAUCGAGCAUUUUAUCUUCCAACACUAGUCCGGGGCACACUCCCAGAUUGGUCAAGACCGCUGUUGGUUACGUAGAAGGUAACAACAGUCCUAGUAGAAACGGCGGGAGUCCAAAGUCUCCUCGGUCGGUUACGUGGAACAGCAACGUGCCCGAAAAGUACUCGUUCACUAUGAGAAGAGAGUUCGAGCGUGCCAAGGAGGAAGCUGACUUGAUCGAGCAGCUUCGAAACCACAUUGAAACAAGGCUGAAGAUGGCUCUACCGGAAGACCUUGCCCCGGCGCUGACAGACGGAGUUGUACUUUGUCACUUGGCAAACCACGUGAAACCUAGGUCGGUCGCCAGUAUCCACGUUCCUUCACCGGCUGUGCCCAAGUUGACAAUGGCAAGAUGCAGGCGUAACGUUGACAAUUUUCUCGAGGCGUGUCGAAAGAUAGGCGUCGAUGAGGAGGUGUUAUUGGACGCGGACGCAAUCAUGGACGUGGGUUACAUGGACGCGUACGGGCUGGAGGCUCUGGCGCGUCUCGUCUCCGCUCUUCUCCUUCUCCGCGACGAAGGAAAGAAAGAUACCGAAGAAUCGGCCGCAGGUUCAUCCCAUACGAUUCAGGAUCGCGUUCUAUCCGCGAUGCUUUUUGCCACAUUCCUUUCCAGCCUCGUUCUGCUCUACCUCUUCCCCAUUCCUGAUUAAAAGCCAAACAAACAGAAAGAAAAAGAGCGAGUAAGACGAGAACGCCAGAGUGCAAAAUGAUGGGACGAACGACGCUUGCAAGACAAAAGCACAAUCGAAGAUUACGCUGGGAUUACGACAAACGAUAUAUAUCGACACGCGACACGGCACGGUUCGGUUCGCAACGAACUCGGGGGGAGAAUACGAUUUUGUUACAAUUUUUCUGGUUUUCUACCUUUCAAUUUCUCGAUUCGUUCGCCGAGCCCCCCGUCGAGUCGCGCGAGAUUGAAUCGCUGCACGACACUCCUCUGUCCACUUCUUCCAGCCCGAUUAGUACACUUAGAGCGGCAUGAUAUUUUUCUAAUUUUAUUUCCUUUACAUCUGGUUUGCUUCGACGGGCGAAGAACGCGGUCGAGUGUCGCGCAGAGCCACCCUCUGUCAGAUGCUAAUUGCUAGUUUAUUUUAAGCACGAUACAAACGAUACCCGGAAGGAUAAAACCGUAAUCGAAAGCUAUUCAUCGACCGUCCGGAGUAUCUCGUUAUCCCUAGUUCGACGUUAGUCGACAGUUCUGAUUUUUCCCCUCUCAUUCUUCCGUUCAAAGGAAUCGCUGUCGAACCGAGAGACGCUCGAUGGCUUUCGUCCGUUGUAAAAACGUUUGAUCGAUACGCUGAUCUGACUGAGAAACAGCUAAGCUAAGCUUUAGCUUGUACGUUCGACUGAAUUUACAUUCGAAUACGACACAGGCAGCAAUGGGAUCUGCGACACUUCGAAUCUCCUCGGAUAUCGGUUCAAAGCUUAAACUCUUUCAAAGUUUCAAGCGUGACUAAUUAUCAAACAACUUUUCACAUUUUCUUCAGUAUUUGUAUUGCAUAAUUUUGUAUCAGCUCAACGUUGAAUAUUCGUCACGCUAUCGAACUCUCGGAACUUUGACUACAUCCAAGACGAUCAAAGAUUUAUUAAGAUCCAUUAAGACUUUCAGGAGUUUGAAGCUUCGAAUUCGUCAAAUGUACGGUACAAGUUCGAAAACGAUUCGAGAAAUGUGGCAGGUCCCAGCCGCUGGUCGCUCGGCUGUAGUUUGAACAGGAUUGUUCGUUUGUUUGCCUCCGUCGUUGUGGCUCGCGAGAGACGCUUGAAACUUCCUUCGGCGAGCUAGUAUUCGGUAGUCGAUUCAAGUAUCGAACGGCAGCUUCGUAAGUACAUUUAGUCCGCCUAGUUGUAGAAACGGCCACGUAGCGCGUAGGUUAGCUGAGCGUUUCUGUUUUUUUGGUAAUAAGACCUACGACGAGGACUCGAGCUCGAGUUCUGAUUAUUGAACGCGAAAAUAUCUUACGACGGAAGGGAACGUGAAAAAAAAAAAAAAAAAGAAAAAACAAAUCAAAGAGCGUAAUCAAAGCUGAUGGACGCUCGCAUAUCAAAUAGAAUCGCCUGUGUAUGUAUGUACCUUGUACGUUUAGAUCGCUGGAUCGUGACGACCGAUGAGAUUUAUCGUUGAGCACAGCAUCUGUCGAGAAAAUAGUAUUUUGCUACGCGAAGCGGUGGGUUGGUGUUCAAUACACGUUCUUGAUUGCUCCAAGUUCGAGAUAAUGUUUUGUAAUGACGGCGGGAUCAAAGAAAAUUGGAAAACAAAGCGAAUGGUAUUCGUGGCUGGUAUUGCGGCAUCAUCCGGCACCGGUGACGUGACUAGGAUCAUGCCAAUGAUGGCGAAGUUCAAAGAGAGAAGAAAAUAGGGAAGAACCCUUCGGUGUCAUACCUCGAAUGGUAGUAUUUUUUUAACGUUCGACCAAUGUGAAUCGCCUACGGCUCUUUCAGGAUUGAUGGGUCUGUGAUAGGUAGCCUUCGAGUACUACAGGAUUCGCAACAAGGUGCUAGAAAUCUCUUUACGUUCAAAGAUUUCCUAUUUUGGUACGUAGGUUUAUAACUCGCACAUUCGAACUCGAAAGGAAUUUCUCAUUCGAUCGUUGUUUUCUGUCGUUUUUUAUCGAAUCUCACAAGCAGUAUUGCGUGCCCCCCCAAAACGAAAUCACGGCGAAACGACGAACUCUAUCUUUCCCUGUCAUUUCUCUUCACCGAGGCGAGAAGCGAAUAAAUACGGGGCUUCUUCUUUUCGUUGGGCGAGGGACACGUCUCAGACGAGAGUACUUAACACUUCACCGACCAAGCAAUUCGGUCGUGAGCCUAAGAUAUAAUCUCCAUAUUUUCAUAUAAACGCGUUUAACGUCUAAACAAGAAGAAAUAUAAGAAUCGUAUCGUAGCGGACGUACAACACGUACAUAUAUCGUUUAGAGUGUACAAGCGUCUAACUUAUUCUACAUGUAUUCGUACGAUAAGGAUUAUAUUAUAUUGCGUACAUUAAGGAAUUUGAGGAGGAACGAGUCGCCGAGAUCGAACGUUUCGGAUCGUGGCGGAUCUUUUGCACCUCUUGGUUUGUUCGCUCCAUUGGACCGGGCCCGUAUCUAUUGGUCGUAUCGAACGUGUUCUUUCUUUUUUUCGCAGUAGAUCAGUGCCAAACGCGUCAGACACGCGUCGCGCGCGACUCUGUUUCUCCGUGAUGCUUCUCAUAUCGCUGCUAGUAUGUUCAUUGACUGAACACGACACGAGUAAACACGUGCUCUCAAACGUAUCGCGAACGCACAAAGGAAUUUUUACGAGGAACCUUCUAAUCGCUUCUAUUGACACAACGGUCUAAUACAACGGUCUAUUUGCAAGAAAACACGUGGAAACUUUCUUUUUUCUUCUUUUUUUCUUUUUGGUGUCAAAUUGAGUUCUUUCAUUGUAUAUUCUCUCAUUGGAAAUUCUCUGUACUUCGAGCUGAUCGUAGACGCGCGUGUUUCUACGACGAGCGUGCAACUAUGUCGACGUGUAUUAAUCAUCGAAUCAGGAAUUAAAAGCGAGCUACGUCUUUCGGAAUACCCCGCGUUACUUUGGUCGUUUUCGCAUUCGCGCAGCUUGCGUUUGCGAAUUUCUAGUCCUUAGUAUAAUGUACUUCUAAUCGUUGGUUAAGUUUAUCCUCGGUUCUAGUCAGUUCGACUUGUUCUUUUUUUUUUUUUCUCUUUCCUUUAAUCUUCGUUUUCAUCUAAGUUACGUACUAACAAUGUUUCGUACUCGCUUGGUAACUUAACGCUUAAUUCGUUACUUAAUUUCGUUUGUUCCUUCUGUCUCUUCCACUCCUCUCUUCCGGUCAAUUUCGUCGUCGUUCGUACGCUGUUCAGGCGUUAACUGUCGGAUUGCAAAAGUUCGUUUGUCAAGAAAUAUUCGAAAUUGAUUCGAAGGUCUCUGAUUGCUGGGAAGUAGGCAUCGUUUCGACGAGGUUAGCUCAGCGAAACGACGUCGCGUUCAACGGCGACGACCUCAUCAGUAUUACUGCAUCUCUUCGUAACGAUCGGACGAGACGUAAUUGCAUCGAAUUAAUCGCAACCGUAAGACUGGUUACUUUAGUUUUUAUCGCGUAUUUCGUAGAUUACUAUCUCUUCUCUGUCGCAGCAGUUUUUCAUUAUUAGUUGUCGCUUCCACAAGAGGCUGGCGCGUCCUUCGUUUUACCCGCGUGAGGACCCGAACUAGAAAAGACGAGCGAUAUAGGAGACCUAACACACGAGAUCAUUCCGUUGCAUUAGCUUGUAUAAUUGUAUAAUUUUUGUAAAGAACAGAGAGGAAGAAAAAGAGAGCAUAUAUAUACAUAUAGAGAUAGAUUAUAUUAUACAAAUAUAUAUAUAUAUAUAUAUAUAUUAUUAUAUUGUAUUAUAUUAUAUUGUACGAAAAACAUAGAUAUAUGGUACGUUGAUACUACUUUUCUCUUUGAGCGUUUUCUUUUUUUAUUUUUUCUUUUCUUUAUUUUCUCAGAUUAUACUUCGUAGGCUAAUUAGCGUUGCUGACAUAACGAGCUUAAACUCUCGUUCUCGCUCUUCGAAACUCGGUGCUUCGUUUUUUAUCUUGUUGUUUUUUAAGCUUAAGCUUUUCUGUACGAUUUUGUAGGAAGAAGGUCUCUCUUUAUCGUUUAAUUCGUGUCCCACCUUCCAACGAUCGCGUCCAUCCGUCGAGUUGAGCAAUUUCACUGUGCUCCUUCGUCGAUUUAUUAUAUUACUCGAUAGAUGUGACACGAUCGUUUUCUUUAUCUUUAUCUUUCUCUCUCUCUCUCUCUCUCUCUCUCUCUCUCUCUCUCUACUUUUUCACUUUUGUACUAUCGAGUCUAAAUUAAAUUUGCCAGCAUGUUCGUCCAACGAUUUCACGAUCGCGACGCAGGGACAGUCGUCGAAACUGGUCGUAUUUUUUUCCACAUCUCCAAUUUUGUUCAUAUAAAUGGGAAUAUAGUGCAGUGAUAACGGCGAUCAAUCCUCGCCGCGUGAACGUUGAACGUGGACGGCGUGCCUCGCGCUUCAUCUCUAUGCUACACGCACAAUAAAAGAACAAACGCUGUUAUACACUGCCGAAUGUAUACUUACGUGUCAUCGUCGGUUCAAAUUUUCAAAUUUCGAUUCCAAUCGGGAGUCCCCGAUUCGAUUAACUUCCAUGGCGCGGGAAAGUCAAGUGAAACGGGCGCACUCGUGCGAAUCCGAUUCGUUGGAUGGCCACGAGUCGCGGCGUCUUUUUGCGCGUUCAGUGUUCCGUGGUUCACGUCCCCCGAAGAAGAACAAUCGUUGAGAAACUCUUUUGCUAUUCAAACGACAAUGCUUCAAACUAAUAUUCGGUUUCACUUUCGAGAGACGUACUCUGUAACAUCGAUUGUACGACUACCAAUAACGAUUGUAAUACUAUUUCCACUGAUAAUAAAAUAUUCUUUUUCGUAUAA